AUGGCCGUAUGCUUUGAAGGUGACCCGAGCUCCGUCCGCGAAAGCGCGCACUACAGGUAUGUCGGUGAGAACCGGGGUGCCUAUUCCCAGGCUUCCCAAAUCCAAUUCGUUGGCGCAGGAAAGGGCAACCUGGAAGAGGUGAGGACGGGCUAUGUCGGCUGGAGGUGCAGGGCAAGCUGUGUGGCCCUCAUUUGCGCGCUUCUGCUUGUUGCUGUGGGCCACUUGACAAGCAUUCAGCAGCUGCAGUUGGAGUAUGUAUGUUGGAGUGUCAUUGGCGGUGACAUCUCAAGCUUGCUGGUGUGGCGGCUUUUCUUCUGGACACACGUAGCCGCAGAUGAGAUCAUCCCCACGCCUAGCUACGAUGAGUUCGACUGCUACACCGGCUACCAUGAUUGGACAAACAUGUGGGGUGGUCAGCAUCCCGUUCCUCCGAAGGUGAUCUACCAGCACGUGCCGGUGUACACUCAACCCCACACCCAUAUUGUUCACGUGCCUGUCCCAGCCCCAGCGCACACCCAAGUGGUGUACCAUACCCGCUAUAUUCACGAUCACGCCCCCCAGCGUCAGUACAACUGCCGCGCCGGGUACUCGAACUGGUACUUCGGAUGGUCGCACCACAAGAAGGUGUGGUGCUGCCACCACACAAAUCGCGGCUGUCCCGGAACCUGGCAUGGCAGCUACCACCUGCACAUGCACGUGAUGCACGGGGUCGGCCACGCCCACGGGCGCAUCUACGACUGCGCGGCCGGAUUCUCCAACUGGAUGCAAGGUUGGUCCGACUCCAAGAAGGAUUGGUGCUGCAGCCACGAGCACAAGGGCUGCGUCAAGUACCACUGCACCGGGCAUGCCAGUGGGACACGGCGAAGUCGGCGUGGUGCCUUGGUUCGAAAGCUGGGGAUGCUCGGGGAAGCUACGAGGUGCUGCGCGCACUUCCAGAAGGGCUGCCCGCAGACCACGCUGUCUCCACUGAAGUGCGAGACCCCUUGUGAGAUCCAAGGAGAGACGGAGACGUGCAUGAACCGCAUCAAGUGGACCAAAGACAACGUGUUCGGAGACAAGGACAACAAGUGCGCUUUGGCCUACAGCAAGGUCCAGGUGGAGUGCGACGUGUGCCGAUCCUGCUCCAUCCAGGAUGCGGGCUGCGGCACUCCGCAAGGCGCGGGCUCGCUCCCCUUCGACUGCGAAGCGGCCAUCAACAACUUCUUCCGCGCCUGGUCUCCAGAGAAGAAGCACUGGUGCUGCACCAAGCAGGGCAAGGGCUGCGAGGGAAAGAGCCCCCCCAGCGUGGAUGCGGGCUACGGCAUGGUCUGGAAGCACGUUCAGGCAGCGGGCAUUCAUAAGAAUUCAUGUGCCAAGUCCCUCUGCAUGGUGCUGCAGUGUGCUGUGGUACAGGUGAACGGCUACUGGACGUGGGUGGCUGUGCAUGGGCACGGCCAUUUCAGCAUGCCCUACGACUGCCAUGCUGGCCUCGCCAACUGGCACACUGGCUGGUCUGCUGGCAAGAAGGGGGCGGCGGAGGAGCAGGGGGCGGAGGCGCAGUGCACCACCACAGCCAAAGCCAAAGCUGCAGAGGCUCUCGUGUGCACCACCCACGUCAUCCACGUGAUCCACCACGGCGGGGGCGGCGGGGGCGGCUAUCACAGCUGGACCCCAAACUGUCGUCUCGCAAGUGUUUGCAUAUCAGUGAUCAUCAGUGCCCCCCGCCCCCCCCGAUCCACGAUUUAA